AUGCAAGUGCAUACGAAUCUUAUUUCUUCGCGAAAUUCUGGUCAAAUAGUUCCAAUCGAUGAUAAUAUGAAUUGUUCAUCAUCGAUUCCGUCGAACGGGCUGCUCAGUUCAAAUAACAAACCAUGGAGCAUCGCCUUCGGCGAUUUCAAUCGCGAUAACCAUCUGGACAUCGUUAUUAGCAAGACUGAAAACUACGAACUUGGCCUCUAUUUCGGGUUUGGCAACGGAACAUUUGCAGCACAAACGACUAUCUCUGCUGGCAGCACCCUUUUUUACGUUACCACUGCAGAUCUCAAUAACGACAACUACACGGAUAUCAUUACAGUCGAAGCUAGUGAUAACAGGGUUGGCGUGUUUUUUGGGCAUGGUGAUGGAACGUUCGAUCGACGAAAGACAUUUCCUACUGGUUAUUACCCGUAUUGGGUUGAUACCGGGGAUUUUAAUGGUGAUGGAAAUACGGAUAUGAUCACUGCUAAUUCUUAUGAUAAUACUGUUACCUUAUUGUUAGGCGAUGGACGUGGAAAUUUUGCAACACAGCGGAAUAUAACUGCAGGUGAUAUUGUUACAGGAGUCGUUGUUGCUGAUUUUAAUCUCGAUAAUCAUCUGGAUUUUGCUGUUACGGAAUUCCGAGAUUAUACGAUGAGUGUCUUUCUUGGCACAGGCAGCGGACUAUUUCAAGCGAGGCAAUCUUUCUCAACUGAAAAAAAUCCAUGGGGCUUAGCAAGUGGCGAUUUCAACGGCGACAAGUACAUGGAUAUCGUGGUUGUUAAUCAACGAGCUGAUUCCAUUAGUGUGUUUAUUAACAAUCGCAACGGCACGUUUCAGUCUCAAAUGGUUUAUUCCACAGAUGCUCCAGCCAUAUCGGUAGCUGUUGGUGACAUGAAUAAUGAUACAUAUAUCGACAUUAUUGUUGCAAAUGACUAUAAAAAUUACGUGGGCAUUUAUCGCGGAUUCGGGAACGGAAGUUUCGAUUUCCCGAUGAAAUUCUACACUGACUGGUGGAUACUAUUUGUUGCCACUGGCGAUUUUAAUGGCGAUCAUCGACCGGAUAUUGCUGUACUAAGCGAAUACACGGAAGCUAUGAACAUUCUUUUGAACUCUUGCUAA